AUAAGGAGGACCCUGACCAUUCUGAUCUCGCAUGAAGUUUUGCCGUCUGCAUCUGCCAGUGUGCGUGUUGAGCUCCCACAGCGCAGAGCUAUUAUCUAUGAAUGAAACUGGACUUCUUUAUUCGCCGGGUGUGCCACCUGCCGGUGCGUCACGGCCGCGCUGGCCAAUCCUGACGCAGUGAUCCUUCGUGCGCCCUUGGAGAUCCCGCAGUGCUCCUCACAUCGCCGUCCGAUCUACGGCUUGGUGACGGUCGAAGGCGAGCCUAGUUAGCCGUGAACCGUUAGCGCUUCAGAUGUGAUCAGGUUGGACUGCCGUAGCCGACUGCUGCUGUGCCAAACGGGGACCCGUGACAAGUUUUGACUGGAUUGCCAUUUCCACAUCUGCUUCUGCUGCUUUUGACCCGCGCGCUAUUGAAUGUUAUGAGACGCCAUGAUCCGACCAGAGGAGGAUAAUCAUGCACCCCCAGUCGACAGCAUCGUAACCAGAAGGCCCUCCGCUGAAAGGUGACCUCCAGACGCUUCACCUCCCCAAAACAUUUGGAAUAUGCCAGGACAUAACAAUGAGCUCCAACAGCACAGACCCUGGUCUCUUCCUGACUGCAAACACCUCACUACCAGCAGCCGGAGCCUACCCUCAAUCCAAUGCUCUUCACCAAGGAGGAAGUGGAGGAGCAGCCUGGUUGGCUUUUCAUGUGAAUACCCUGGAUGAUAAUUCCUCUUCCACCAGCAAACUCUUAAACCUCACCUCAGAUUCCCAAAAUGGAACUAUGCCCCUUGGUCCCUUGGGUGGCCACCCUUUGUGGCAGGUUGUCCUUAUUGUCUUGCUGACAGGCAUGUUGUCACUGGUCACCAUCAUUGGCAACAUCUUGGUGGUGGUAUCUUUCAAGGUUAAUCGCCAGCUAAAGACGGUCAAUAACUACUUCCUGCUGAGCUUGGCAGUCGCUGACCUCAUCAUAGGGGUCAUCUCCAUGAACCUCUACACAGCUUAUCUUGUUAUGGGCUACUGGGCCAUGGGCAACUGGGCCUGCGACCUGUGGCUGGCUAUAGACUAUGUGGCCAGCAAUGCAUCAGUUAUGAACCUACUGGUCAUCAGCUUUGACCGAUACUUUUCAAUCACAAGGCCUUUGACCUACCGGGCCAAACGGACCACUAAGCGAGCUGGGAUCAUGAUCGGCCUAGCCUGGUUUGUUUCUCUUGUCCUGUGGGCCCCAGCCAUCCUAUUAUGGCAGUAUUUUGAAGGUAAAAGGACAGUGCCCUCAAAUCAGUGCUACAUUCAGUUCCUCACAGAGCCCACUAUAACCUUCUGCACAGCCAUGGCGGCUUUCUACCUGCCUGUGACGAUAAUGAGUGUCCUCUACUGGCUCAUUUACAAAGAGACCCAGAACCGUUCGAAGGAGUUAGCUGGAUUGCAGGGUUCGGGGAGUCGUGGUGGGAUAGCAGGUAGAGGUGGUAAUGGUAAAAGCGAGAAAUCACGUUUUGUCCAUCAGACAGGAAGUUCUAGAAGUUGCAGCAGCUAUGAGCUGACCAGGUUGUCCCGGAGAAGGAGCACAUGUCGGGAACUAGUCGGCCGCUUCCACUGCUGGCCUGGGGUUCGUUCUUGGAGACCUGGAAGUAUCCGGCAGGGAGAGGGGGAUCCAGACCAGAGCAGCAGCGACAGCUGGAACAACAAUGAUGCUGCCGUCUCGUUAGACCACUCUGGGUCUUCAGAGGAUGAGGACUGUGGGGGCAAAGAGAUGAUUACCCAGAGUCAUGCUAUUUUCUCUAUUGUUCUCAGCCUGCCUGGUAUAAAGGCUGCUGUCAACUCCCAACUAACCUCAUGUGAGGAUCUGGAUGCAGCCUCAGAGGAGGAUCCCCUCAGGGGAGCGGAGUAUAACCGAGACAGCCUCUCAACAGUCACCGCCAACACCACUGCCGCUACUACUCCCGAUGAGGCAAACAGUUCAGAAAAUAGCUAUCACCAACGCUUCUGCUCACAAAAGAUUCAGUCAAUGCCUACCAUCCAGGCUACCUCUAAUCAAGGCUCGGAUGCUCCCCCAACAACUACUACUACAGUCGCCGACAAUACCACCACCAUCAGCACCACCACCAAAUCCCCCUCUGUCCCACUGUCCUUCAAAGAUGCAGCUCUGGCAAAGCGUUUUGCAGCCCGUGCCCGGACUCAGAUCACUAAGAGGAAGCGCAUGUCCUUAGUAAAGGAGAAGAAGGCCGCUCAAACUCUCAGUGCUAUCCUCUUUGCAUUCAUCAUCACAUGGACACCGUACAACAUCAUGGUGCUGGUCAAUACCUUCUGUAAUGUUUGCAUCCCGGAGACCCUGUGGGCGGUAGGGUACUGGCUGUGCUACGUCAACAGCACUGUCAACCCCAUGUGUUACGCCCUGUGCAACAAGACUUUCCGUACAACCUUUAAGAUGAUUCUGCUGUGCCGCUGGGACCAGAAAAAAAGACGGAAGCAGCAGUUUCAGCAGAGGCAGUCUGUGGUAUUCCACAGGAGGAUUCCCAGGGAGUCCACGUAAAGGACAGGCUGUUUAGAUGGUUAAUAACAGGGAAUCUAACGAUUUAACAUAGGACAAGGAAAUGGAAGAAGCAGACAUCUAAUUGUUUCUGUGGAGUUUUUUUGCUUAGAGAUCCAUAAUGUGUUUCUCUGCUGGUAUGUCAAGCACAGCAACCCUAUGUGGUUUUCUUGCGGUAUGUGUUUGUGUCAGUGCAUCCAUUGAGCAAAGCUGUUUGUAUGAAUAAAGGGUUGUGUAAGGUCAGUUACAGAGAUGAAAACUUUCCUACUGUCCUCAAAGAACUCCUUGCCUUUUCAGUGUGGGAAACAAUAGAAAAGGGCUUUAAAAUGCAUCGCAGAAGAAUAUUUGAAGUGCAAUUGACACAAGGGAAAAGGAUGUCCUUGUCACAGGGUUGGGGAUUUAUUAUCAUUUCUCUCUGUGGGUAGCUAGAUCUGUAACGUGCAGAGUGGUUUUGCAUUUCCAACAAAACUAUGUAUCUGUAAUACGUCACUGAAAGUCAAGACAAACACUAUUUUGUGUCACAGGCUUCUACAUUGUACUGAUUUGACCUGUUGUCCUCUUGACAUUUGUUUUCAUCAGAACUUCUGUACAUUGCCUUUCUACAUGGAUAUAGCUUUCCUGUGUCUGAUGGAAUAUAACAAGUUCUUGAAUUGUGCCCUUACUUUCAGUCAACAGAGAUCUUGUUAUUUUUGUGAUAUUCAUCUUUGGUUUUCUAGAUAUUCCUGAGAUUUUGAGCCAGUCUGAAAAUGAUUCUUCUGAUGAGCUGAGUUGUGAAUAUUUUGUGUGGCACCGCAGUCAGUGAACUACUGUUGUGUUCAAUGUGAUUGUUGUGGUUUUUAUGGUGGAGACAAUAAGUACAUUGGUUGUGUUUUAUGUACUUGCAGUUCUCUGUCAUGAGUAAUGAUUAUACAUUGAUGAUAUUCUGUUUGUGUACAUUUGGAUAUUUCUGACUUGAUACACAAUGAUUUAUUGCACACGAAGAUGUUCAUUUAUAAAGACGUGUGUUUUGAUUUUACACUAUCUUUCAAAUGUCCACAAAAUGAUACAUCUAAAGAACUCUUUGUAAAAGGCCGCCCAUCUUUGAUAUAGUAUCGCAAUGGCAGCCUCUAGUGGCUUGAGAAGGACAAGUGCAGUAUCAAAUUCCCAUUCUGCAAAUGUGAAGACAAAAAUGUCCAUUUUUUAAAUCAUAAUUGUGCAACAAUUAUUCAUAUUGUAAGCCUGUUUUGUUUUGUGAAUUGGCUUAUCAUUUCACAAAUUUGAUUUAGAUAUUAAAUCUAAAAGAAAAUCUAUCUGGCAUUUUACAAAAGAAUGGCCACAAUCAUUGACGUUAUAACCUGAUUAUUAUUGUUUGUUUGAUUUCAUAUUAUUUAUGGGAGAGGUGUUUUUUUUUAUUAAAAAAAGCAAUUGAUUAGUAGAAAUUAAAGCUGUCUUGGUCAUCAGGUUGUUCGAUACAGAAAACCACACAUAAACAAAAGUCUUUUUUUUUUGUAAUGCACAUUUUGUUAUUCUUAUUUUAACUAGUUUUUUUUAUAUUUUUGCCACACCUAAAUCUUGAAAAUUGUGUAAAAGAUAUUGAAGGCAAAGAAUAAACUGUUUGCCAACUGGCAUAUUGAAGAAUGGGUCGAUUGGAUUAUGUUGAUGCAAUGAUAUGACUUAUGUGUUGUAUGCAAAAGAGAUGUUAAAAAAUAUCCCAUGCUUGUCAUCAGUGGGUGUUUUGUUUGCUUUCAACACAAUGUGCUCCAGUGUCAUGAUACAUUCUUCAUCAAAAUAUGAGAUUUUAGUACUUAAAUAUUGGGAAUGUAAACUACUAAAAUGAUGAACACAAACAUUUUGUUACAUUUCAAGUAUGCUAAUCAUAUUCAUAUUUUAAGUCAAUAAACAAACAAAAAACGUCAUCAGUUUUUUGUGUGCAGCAA